AAGGCCAGCUGUGCUGUGAAACUGGUUCAUUGAUCUUCUUUCUCCUCACCCCAAACUCUUAAUAUUUCCUUCUCUUUAUUAUUAUUUCUUUGUUUGAAUUUAAUUUCUUUGUAGAUAUAGACUAUUGAAUUUGAGUAAUGAUGUGAAUAGUGGAGUUGGGUUUACUUCUCUUGUGGGUUUUGAUUUAGUUUAUUUGUGUGUGCUGGGUUUUGUUCAAAUAAAUCGUUGUGAUUUUUGCAUGGGUUCAGAGGGAGAGGAGGUUGUGAGAAAGGAGAAGAAAGAUGUGGAAACUACGAGAGAGUUAUGGUACAAUUCCUGUGUACAAAACAACUGCACAAGGUGGUCUAUUUUUUUAGUCAUGUCAGUUGUUUGUACAAGUGAAAAAGAAAAUCUUGCUCUAAAAACUACUGCUUGAGCUCUUAAAGAUCCCACUGAAAAAUUCUAGACACGCACAAUCAACACUAAGCAAAGACUUUAAAAGACGUUUUGAUCUAAAAAGAUCAAUCUGUUUGACAGUUUUUGUUUCACCUCAGUCAUGAAGAGAUCACUUGGCAGCUCAGAAUCCUUGGGUGCUUUGAUGUCAAUCUGCCCAACCACAGAUGAACACAGUCCAAGAACCAAUCAUGUUUAUAGCAGAGAAUUUCAGUCCAUGUUGGAUGGUUUAGAUGAAGAAGGUUGCGUGGACGAAGGCGGAGGCCAUAUCACAGAGAAGAAGAAAAGAUUAAGGGUGGAUCAAGUGAAGGCCUUGGAGAAAAAUUUCGAGGUUGAAAACAAGCUUGAACCUGAAAGAAAAGUUAAACUUGCACAAGAACUCGGGUUGCAACCGAGACAAGUUGCUGUCUGGUUCCAAAACCGAAGAGCUCGCUGGAAAACGAAGCAAUUAGAGAGAGAUUACGGCGCUCUUAAAGGCAACUAUGAUGCGCUUAAGCUCAAUUAUGAUGCUCUCCAGCACGACAAUGAAGCUUUACUCAAAGAGAUUAGAGAACUGAAAUCGAAGCUGAAUGAGGAAAACACUGAAAGCAAUAAUCUUUUUGUGAAAGAAGAAAUAGUUAUGCCUGAAACUGAAAACAAAACACUUGUUGAAGAAGGUAAGCCACCGCCUGCGGUGGUAACAUCCUCAGUGGCAGUGUCUGAGGCUGAUCAGGAAGUUCUCAACUAUGGAGGAGUAGCUUCAAUUUUCGCAGACUUCAAAGAUGGGUCAUCUGACAGUGACUCGAGUGCAAUCUUGAACGAAGAUAAUAGCCCAAACGUGACCAUUUCUCAUCACAGUUUGUUGAUGUCACCGGCAUCCUCUUCACUAAAGUCAUCACCUUGUCUACAGUUUUCAAAAGCAUCAACUUAUCAAAGCCAGUUCGUGAAAACGGAAGAGCACAAUCUCUUUGGAGAGGAGGCUUGUAAUUUUUUCUCCGAUGACCAACCUCCAUCACUUCAAUGGUACUGCUCUGAGCCAUGGAGCUAGCCAAAAAAAAAAGAAGCUAAAAUUGAAGUAAAAAAAAAAAAUUAUGUGUGAUUUGAAUGAUAAGGAGGAUGAUGAAUAUUACUAUUAAGAAGAAGAAGAAGAGACAAAGGAGAAGAGAGCUGAUGAUGAUGAUGUUGAAGAAGAAGACGGAAGAAGGCAGAAGGUUCACGUGGGGGCUGGAAGGGAGGAUUGUAUGCAGAGGCGUGUGGGAAUAAUUAGGUUGUAAUUGAACGGGGGCUCUUUUGUUGUUAAAUUAAAAAAAAAAAAAAAGAAAAAAAGAAUGAAUAUAAUGGAGAAAUAAUCAUUUUCUCUUUUCUGCAUGUAUGUAUGUUGAUUGGCAAAAAGGAAUCAAUCUGCUCCUGACCAAAAAAUUAAUAAAAAUUGAUUUGAAAGAAAAUCAUAAUAAAAUUUCGAAUUUUGAAAUGAAA